AUGGCGACUACUAGAUGGAAUGCCACUGACAAAAUCCUGCCUCUCAUUGUUGUUGAGGGAGGAGAGCCCAACCGACCACCUCCACCAGCAAACCCGGAGGUGGCCCACGACGACGACUAUGAUGAUGAUGACAGAGACGGAUGCGACUACUAUGAGAAGCGAUUCACCGAACCCUCCGUCGUCGGGUUUGAAGCAAAAGACAUGAGACGGUUCCUCAAAGCUGAUCCCGCCAGGAAAGAGACCUAUACGUUGGCUAUGCGGUUUGUCGACUCGUCUAACAACCUCUCUUUGUCUGCUGCUGAGAGGAACUGCCUUACAGCUCGGGUGCGGGAGCUUGAGGGAGAGCUUAACGAAACCAAUGCUAAAUUGUCAGAGGUCCAGACAAAACUUUCCAACUUGUCAUUGAAGAGGAAGGAAAUAAGGGCUAAGACCAAGAGACUAGAAGGCAAGGUUACUUGCUUGGAGCGUGAGCUCCAGGAGGCCAAGGACACUGCGGCUGCCUCGCAGCAGAGGGUUACCCUGUUGGAGGCCGAAGUCGAGGUCCUCAGGGCUGACCUCCAGUCAGCGCAGGAGAGGUGUGCUUCCUUGGAGGCGGAGAAGGGUUUGCUCCUCUGUCCAAGACCAAUUGCCUUUGCAUAG